UGGGCGGUGCCGAGAGCGCGCAGACAGAGGAAGCUUCUGGAAGCGCGUGUGAGCUUCUCUUCCUUUUAUCCCGCGAAGCUGUGCUCCGGUCCCCAGCAGAAUGUCCGCAGUAAAAGCCCUUAACCCGAAAGCAGAGGUGGCCAGGGCUCAUGCGGCCCUGGCGGUGAACAUCAGCGCCGCGCGAGGGCUCCAGGAUGUGCUGAAGAGUAACCUGGGGCCGAAAGGCACGAUGAAGAUGCUUGUGUCUGGCGCAGGAGACAUCAAGCUCACCAAAGAUGGGAACGUUCUUCUGCAUGAGAUGCAAAUCCAGCAUCCCACUGCCUCGCUGAUCGCCAAGGUGGCCACGGCCCAGGAUGACAUCACCGGAGACGGCACGACGUCCAAUGUGCUGAUCAUCGGAGAGCUCCUCAAGCAGGCCGACCUCUACGUCUCCGAGGGUCUCCACCCGCGGGUGAUCGCUGAGGGCUUCGAGGCUGCCAAGGAGAAGGCUCUCGAGGUGCUGGAGGAGGUGAAGGUGGUGAAGGAGAUGGACAGAGAGACUCUCAUCAGCGUCGCCCGCACCUCCCUCAGAACCAAGGUCCACAGGGAGCUGGCCGAUUUACUAACAGAGGCUGUGGUGGAUGCUGUUCUGGCCAUCAGGAAACCCAACGAGCCCAUCGACCUCUACAUGGUGGAGAUCAUGGAGAUGAAGCACAAAACUGACAGCGAUACACAACUGAUCAGAGGCUUGGUGCUGGAUCAUGGAGCCAGGCAUCCUGACAUGAGGAAGAGGGUGGAGGACGCUUUCGUUCUCACUUGCAACGUUUCCUUGGAAUACGAGAAAACAGAGGUGAACUCUGGGUUCUUCUACAAGAGCGCAGGCGAGAGAGACAAGCUGGUGAAGGCCGAGAGGAAGUUCAUCGAAGAUCGCGUGAUGAAAAUCAUCGAGCUGAAGAAUAAAGUGUGCGCGGAUACUAAGAAGGGCUUUGUGGUCAUCAACCAGAAGGGUAUCGAUCCGUUCUCUCUGGACGCGCUGGCUAAAGAGGGCAUCGUGGCCCUGCGCCGAGCGAAGAGACGAAACAUGGAGAGGCUGACUCUGGCGUGCGGUGGAGUGGCUAUGAACUCGUUGGACGAUCUCACGGCUGAGUGUUUGGGAUACGCGGGGCUCGUCUACGAACACACACUGGGAGAGGAGAAAUUCACGUUCAUUGAGAAUUGUGGGAACCCUCGUUCCGUGACCCUGCUGGUGAAAGGACCUAACAAGCACACCCUGACUCAGAUCAAAGACGCCGUGAGAGAUGGCCUCCGAGCCGUCAAAAACGCCAUUGAAGAUGGUUCAGUUGUGCCGGGGGGCGGUGCGUUCGAGAUGGCUUUGGCGGAUGCGCUGGUUAAACACAAGCCCAAAGUGAAGGGCCGAGCCCAGCUGGGUGUGCAGGCGUUUGCUGACGCCCUCCUCAUCAUCCCUAAGGUUCUGGCUCAGAAUUCAGGCUUCGACCCUCAAGAGACUCUGGUGAAGCUGCAGAGUGAAUAUAAAGAGACCGGAGAGCUGGUGGGAGUGGAUCUGAACACAGGUGAACCUAUGAUCGCAGGAGAGGUCGGUGUGUGGGAUAACUACAGCGUGAAAAAGCAGCUGCUUCACUCCUGCACGGUCAUCGCCAGUAACAUCCUCCUGGUGGAUGAGAUCAUGAGAGCCGGCAUGUCUUCUCUCAAAGGCUAAAUCUGCUCCACCCUCAAGUUCUGUCUGGACUCAAGACUACAAUCCCAUACUGUUGUCAUUGUAUUUAUGAGCUAGGAAACGUUUCUCCCCUGCAGUCAGUAGGUUUAUGUUAGAGGUUGUGUUACAGAAGCACUGAAUUGCAAUACACACUUUUCUUUAUACCCAUUAAUCGGUCUGCUUUCUUUGUGUGUGGAUGUUUUCGCAUGUUCGAGUCAAAUCAAGAAUGUUCCCGUUUGAGUGCAUAAUUCACCUUCUCAAUUCAUGCACUAUUUAUGUCAAUAAAAAUCUGGUCUGAAUACA